CAAAUUGGGGAGCAGAACACGAACGUCGUUGCCACACCAUUAACAAUUGCUUCCACGAUGAGACUGCACUUGGUCCUGAUCCUUGGAUGUUGCCUGGCCGGAUUGGCCCACUCGCAGGGCACCAAGUACGGACUGUGGACUCCGGAUCGGGCGCACUCCGAUUCCCAGCCCAUCCAGUGGACCGGUGGUCAGUUCGAGUUCCCCUGCGCCAGCACCAAGUCGCUCUUCAAGAGCUCCGGAAAGUUCAUACCCAAGAAUGUGAUUGCCACGCGGGCCCAGCUCAUUGGAGACACCAUCUAUCUGGCCCUGCCGCGCUACAGGAAGGGAGUUCCGGCCACGCUGGUGAAGACCAGUGCCAAGCCGGGCACCUGCUCCACCACCUUCAAGCCCUAUCCCUGCUGGGACCUCCAGGAGGAGGGCAACUGCAAGGCCCUGCAAUCGGUGGUGGAUCUGGUGGUGGACCAGAACGAGGUGCUCUGGGUCUUGGACACGGGUAUCGUGAACACUCUGGAGACUCCGGUUCGCAAAUGUCCCCCGAAAGUGGUGGCCAUGUCGGUGAAAACGGGCAAGGUUCUGAAGACCGUCUCCCUGGAGGGCCUGACUUCCAGCAGUUCCCGUCUCCAAUACCUGGUGGUGGACUACGCUCCGGAUGGCGGCUGCUUCGUCUACGUUAGUGAUGCCGCCAAUCGGGCCAUCAUCGUGUACAAUCUCCAGGCGGACAGGGGAUUCAGGGUGGUGCUGCCCAAGGCCGUCACCGCCGGCUGUCGGUCGAGGGAUGUGCUCUACAUAGCCCUCAUCCGCAGGGAUUGCGGCUCCACGGAGCUGUACUUCACGUACCUGAGCACCAGCAAGCUGUUCUCCCUGAAGUCGGAGUACCUGAGGAGUGGAGUGGCCGAUGGACGCAUCUUGGAUCUCGGCAAGAAGCCCAGUCGCAUGGUCAUCAUUGGCACGGACAACGGCUCGGCGAUCUUCUUCCGGAACGAGGGCGACGCGGAGGUGUACCGCUGGGACACGAACUCCACGUUUGCGGAGGCCAACUUCAAGCCGGUUUACCGCAGCCAGACCUGCCAGCUGGUGACCCACGCGGUGCCCGAUUACAAGCGGAAUACGAUGCGCGUCCUGCAGAGCAACUUCCCGGAUUACAUGCAGAACCGCGUUGGCUGCGGCGCCAUCCAGCAGCUGGGUCUGAUGCAGGGCUGUUGGUAAACAUGUUGACACCCACUUUUGGCCACCACUCGCCUCCCACAAGCCAAUCCGAUCCAGUAGACCCCGUAGAGAAAGCUAAAAAACUGAGAAUGCCAUUGCAGUUAGAUUGGCAAUAACCGAGAAUGCGUCGCUUUUAUGGGCCCUCGAGUAUUGGUAUUUGCAUUUGGUUUUCGUGUUUUGUACAUAAACUAACGACUUUGGUCGCUAUUGUUGUUAUCUAAGCUAAGCAAAUAAACGUUUCAUAUUCGUACGGAA